AUGUCCGCCAUUCUCCUGUUCUGCACUUCCAACGUCCGCGCCAGCGUAAUUAACCGAUUGAUGAAUGAAUGUGCUAUACCGGAGGAUGCAUCCAACAUCUUCAGUUUAGUCCGCACCCCAAAUCAGGAAACCUUAGACGAGUGGCAUACCGAAGCCCCUGUCCAAGAGUUUGACACCGGUUUUGAAGAAAAACGUGACGCCGAGCUACGCAGAUUCUUCCAAGAACGUCUUGACCAACACACCGAUACUCAGACAACGAGUAUUUCUGACUCGUGGCUUGCGGUGCUUGACGAUAAAUCGCCCUCGCAGAGCACAGUAGUCAUGCACUAUACAUACGACAAGUCAAGCUGGGGUCCCAGCCCGAUUCCAGGACCUGCAGAGGUAUCUGGUGAUACGAUCUGGUGGAAGUGGAGAGUUCCCUUCAAAUCAGCCUGGACAUUCUGGAACGCGGUCGGGAGUAUCGGGGCCGAUGCUAUCGAAAUCUAUUCACGGCCUGAGUAUAUAAGCUCGGAUGGUGUUCUGCAGACUGAGAUUCCAGAAAAGAUCAUUAAUGGGGAGAUUGAGGAUCCACAUGCUUAG